CGCAGGUUACACAAUUCGAUGCAACACCGGCUACGUUGGCAGAAUGGGGUCCUCAGAUGUCCACGUCCGAGUUUGUGAGCAAGAAAUCCUCAAAUAUGAUUUGGAAAUCAAGGCUCUCAUCCAGGACAUCAGAGAGUGCACCGGGCCUCAGAACCAGCUGACGGAAAAAAACACGGAUAUGAAAAAGCAUUUCAACAACCUCAGAUUAAGGAUUCAGGACUUGGAGCGGAUGGCGAUGGAACAAGACAGAGAGUCAGACAAGCAGGUGUUGAUCACUCAGGUGGAGGGACACCGAAAGCAGAUGCUGAGUAACCAGACCGCCUGGAGGAAAGCCAACCUCGCCAGCAAAAUGUCCAUCGACAACAUGGAAAAGCAGGCGCUUCUUAAUGAGGCUGAUGGCUCAGUGAGGCAGAGGAAGGCGCCCAAAGAGGGCCUCGCUCAAACCACGAGCAGCAUAACAGAGAACCUGAUGAGCAUCAGUCGGAUGAUGUCCCAACAAGUUCAGCAGAGUGAGGACACCAUAACUACACUAGCAACCUCGUCGAGAACGAUCCAGGAGACGAACGAGGAGUUUAAGACCAUGACGGGGACCAUUCAGCUCGGGAGGAAACUCAUCACCAAGUACAACCGCAGGGAGCUCACCGAUAAACUGCUCAUCUUCCUGGCACUGGCUCUGUUCUUCGCCACCGUUCUUUACAUCCUCAAGAAGAGACUUUUCCCGUUCCUGUAG